AUGUCGGGCAUGGCCCUCGGCGGAGGCGCGCCUGUGCCUCCCGCCUCGGCGUACCCCGCGGCAGCUAGCUACCCGCCCAGCAACGGCAGCGGCGCAGGAGCACCCGGUGCGCAGCCCGUUGUGGUUGUGGGGUACGAGGGGACGCACGGCGCCAGCCA